AUUGACAACAAUAUCGAUUUGUGUGGCUCUACAAGGAAGUGUAAAAUGUUGAAAUAGUGUAACACAGGCGUUAUUGAAAUUAACAUUGUUUUCUAAUAUGCACCAAUCAAAUGUCAGCAGUGAGCGAUAUAAAUAACUGGCAAUCAGUUAAAAAUAAUCACAACAUCAAAAAAGAUAAACAAGCAAAGAGACAGAAAUUCCACAAUAUGCACACUCAUCCAAUCCAGCACGAAUACCAACACAAAUUAAAUUGUCUAUCAAUAGAAGCGGAAAAUGCAGCCUGUAAACUUCUUGAAAUCCUCUCACUGCAAAAUCCAAUAUCUCGAAACAACAAAGUGAAUGAUCCUGGGGAAGCGUUGAGUUUGGUUCUUAAUGAAUGCUUAAGGAAUCACACCCUUUUACAAAAGGUAGAGAAGUUGUCAUAUGCUGAUUACAAAUGGCGGGUGUUUGAUCCUAGCAAUGUAUCUAGAAUUAGAACGAAGAUUGACAUUAGCCAAAUGGAUUUAACAUUGUUAUAUGAUAUAUUGAGAAAUGUCGAACAGUUUAGAACUUGUAAAUCUAGAUCACGCAGGGCAAGAUCAAUAUGUGUUAAUGCUAGCUCAGGUGGGAAUCAUACACGGAAAAUAUGUUGUAACGUAUGCAUGUUGUGCUCAAGGUGUUUAUCUCAUUCUGGCGCAUCAUGUGAAACGGAAGCUAUUGUGGAUGCUCUUGUUUUUAUGAAAGAUGCGCGUAAUAUGAGCGCCCAUAUCACUUCCAGUGAAUGUGAACUCAUUCAAGAUGGCAGCUAUGGCACGAUUUCCAUUGCUCGGUGUAGCACGUGGAACGAUGUUAUGAAAGGGCUUCCAAAUGCAGUGGAAACAAUUCUCAAUUUUAUUCAUGCACAAAAUUACAUAUUGAAAGAAACUGUUAAAAAGGCUUGCUUGCGGAUGGAAACUGUGGUCAACUUUACCGUGAAAGAAUAUUCCAAUUUUUAUUCUAACCAAAUAGACAGGAUCACAUGGGGUAACAACGCCAUAAACGCGGUUGAAAAACCUUUAAUCGUAAGAAAAACGUUAAGCAUGGACUUGCGUGGCCAAGAAAGCCUGUGGACGCGUGUCGCACGCAGCAUGUGUCUAGGUCGCGAGACAAGUGAUAUUGACUCGCCUAGAGUGAAAGCCGUGAUAGGGUAUUACACGAAAAACGUUACACAAAUUUUAAAGAAAGAGCUUGGUAAAAACGCAGAGCAAUUUGAAAUCUCGCAGCCUUUUGUAGAUUCACUUCCUCCAGAGGAUGGCUAUUCAUUUUUAUAUCACGUUCAAGUUGACAUAACGUUUAAUAACACAGUUCCAGAUUGUUAUAAAAUGCAGUAUUCGAGCGAAUCAGAAAAUUUGCGAAGCUACUUCAGGAUUGCCCUUGAGGAUUUGUUAUCCAAUGAAUUAAAUCAAGACGUCAAAGUAGAAGCCACGAAGUAUCGCUUCGCUUCAAUACAUAUAACAUUUAAUAUCCGCAAAAAAUUUAAAUGGACCAACGAAGAAGUGCAAAAGGUCUCCGCCGCAGUUCCUAAUCUAGCGUCCCGAUCGCCAUCACUUCUGAAUUAUUUAAAUCAGCAGUUUGGUAAUUGGUACAAUCUGACUUGCAACUUCAUCCCUGCAACUAGCAGUCGAGAGCACACGUUCCUGUGUUUUGAUCUAUCAUCCUCACAUAAAGAAGUUAUUGAGCAAAUAGAUGCCGUGUGGCCACGAGUCUGUGAAAAAGCAAAAGAAAGUAUUUUACAACAGACCAACACGGUAUGUACCAGUUAUGAGCAGACGAACCCGUGUUUUAUACAAUUGUUUUCACGCAAUAAAGAUAAGGAGAAAAUACAUGACGUGUGUUCACGAGUCUUUGAGAAAGCAAAGGACCCCGACGAGGUGUCUACCAUCUUUACUACAAAAGGUAUUGCAGUAUUUCCAUUUGUGUUUUUAUUGGUUAUUGUAAUUGUUGUGAACCUGUUGGUUUUCCAAAUAUUGGCGGGAAGUUUGAUUUUGCAUUCAAAGAGAGAUAUCGAAAGAUACGAAGACUGGAAACGAGAUUACAAUCUGCGCACAGCUGCAAAAGAAUUGCGAUUAUAUUACCACAAAAUGUCUGAUCAGCAUGAUAAUUUCAAUAAUGGUAGAUGGGAAGACAGGAAUUAUUUCUUAGAUAAGGACAUUAUAAGUCAUCAGGAGUUUAGAAAGAUAUUUUUUCUCAACACCCGGGAGGAGCAAAUCUCUCAACAACUAAACCAACGAGGAAAUGUUAAAUUAGCGCACCUCUUAAAAGAAAAGAAAGAAAACAUAUUCCUUCUUCAAGGCGCAGGAGGAACUGGAAAAACAUUCCUCACUCAAGAAAUUGCGAUGCACUGGGCACAGGGCAAAUCAUGGACAAAUUUUAAAUUUGUUUUUCAUUUUAAAUGCAGGGAUUUUGGUUAUUUUAAUAAAAAGAAUAUGUCUUUUGAAGAAGUAUGGAAAUUGAAAUAUCGAAGAAUUUUUAAGCAUAUUUCAGUCGAUGACAUACUAACAAUUUCCCGCCAGAUAUUGUUCAUAUUUGACGGUUUGGAAGAAUUGCCUGGUUUCACUACAGACGGGGUGAUAACAAACCCGCAUAACGUAUUUUAUAACAUUCGCCUAAAAAGUAAUCUUUUCCGUGAGAGUAAAGUCAUAAUAACAGGUCGACCAAAUGCCGUGACCGAAUUUCAGAAACUUCAUUCCAGCUUACCCAUGGUGCUUAUUCAUAUGACCGGUUGCAGCGACCACUGUGUAGACGCAUACAUUGAGAAAAGCUUCAGACAUAAUGCUUCAAAGUUACUCACAGUUAACAAUUUGCUAAAAAAAAAUCAAAGUUUCAAACUCAUGCUGAAAUUGCCCACGAAUCUAGUAUCUUUCUGCCACACCAUGAAGUACAAUAACAUGUCGAUCUCAUCAUAUGAUAUCUAUACUUUUCAGCUGUUGAACUAUUUGAAAAAACAUUACUAUUACGACAAAACUCUACCUAAUAAUGCUAGACGAGGUUUAUUGCGAAUUGCGCAGCUUGAAGAAAUAAUGAAAGCUGUAGCCUGUGCGGCUCGAUUAUCUUUCGAUAUGUUAGCAAAAAGAAGCACUUUAACAUAUGGAACAAAAUUGGCUAGUAGAGAACAGAUCAAAGAAAUGGAAAAAAUUGGAUUUUUUACAAUGCUCAAACUGCAAAGUGGACAAAUAAUGUACAAAUAUGUCCAACCAGCAAUGCAGGAGUUUCUUGCGGCAGUUUAUGUAACCUUGGAAACAGUGAAAAGACCAAGUGCAUCACAGAAACUGCGAAAUAUCACAGACAAUAUGAAUUUGCGUUUAUUUGAAAAUCCUAAAGAGAUGCGAAGCGGAAUUACGAAUACUUUUAUAAAGAAGAUUAGUGUUGCAGGGACAAUAUGUUAAAUUUAUUUCGCAAACGCUUUUAUUUACCUCUGUUACUGUUAAAACUCUCACUUUCUACUAACAUCUUAGCGUUAAUUUAACUUACGAUUGGUGGAAAACAAAAGGGCGCUACAACCUUGUUCCCAGCGCAUGUUUUUUCUAGCUCGAGCCAACAUGUAAAAACAAAGUGGACUCAUCACUUUUUUAUCGCUAAAAUUUCCCUUCAAUUGGCGUAGUAUAAAAAGUUACAUUUUUUUUUUCAUUUUUUAUUCUUUUUAAUUCUAUCGUUCAUCGUCAAGGAAAAACAAUUUUUCACUUCUUAACAAAGAAAUUUGUAAGGGUUCGACUUGUCUAAUUAUAAUAUUACACUAUGAUAUUUUAGGAUUGUAAAUAUUUUAAUAAAAAAACAUAACAUAGAAAUAUGAACUUUCUCUAA